CGUCGGCGGACUCCCUCCCCUUCGCGUCCCCGGGUGGCGCUUUGCGACAGCCGGCGGGGAGCGCGAGGGCGUCGCGUGUGGAGGACGGAGGCGGGAGCUGGCCUCUCAGGGGCCGCCCGGACGGAGCCUCACGCGGCCCGGCGGGGCAGCCCCAGCGUCUCCUCCCCCCCACCUCCGCCGCCUAUGGUGCCCCCCGCCGCGCCGUGAGGCGAGGCGAGGCGGGCGGAGCUGGGGACCGGCCCCCGCGGCGGAGCAGGGCGCCCCAGGAUGAAGCUGACCACCCAGGCCUACUGCAAGAUGGUGCUGCACGGAGCCAAGUACCCGCACUGCGCCGUCAACGGGCUGCUGGUGGCCGAGAAGCAGCCGCCCCCGCCCCGCAAGGACCAGCAGCCCCACGGGCAGCCGCAGCCCCACACCCUUUUCGUGGACUGCAUCCCCCUCUUCCACGGCACCCUGGCCCUGGCCCCCAUGCUGGAGGUGGCGCUGACGCUGAUUGAUUCGUGGUGCAAAGAGAAUAGUUACGUGAUAGCUGGAUAUUAUCAGGCUAACGAGCGUGUGAAAGAUGCCAGCUCUUAUUUCCUACUGGCUUCAGCUGAAAUAUAUAGUACAAUUAACUUGACCUUCUUCUGUAGUCCAAACCAGGUCGCUGAAAAGGUAGCCUCCAGGAUUGCAGAGGGCUUUAAUGACCCGGCACUCAUAAUGGUGGAUAACACUAAAUUUACGAUGGAGUGCAUAGAACCUGCCAUUCAUGUGUAUGAGCAUCAUGAAAACAAAUGGAGAUGCAAAGACCCACAUUUUGAUUAUUGUGAAGACUGGUCUGAAGCCCAGAGGAUUGCCGCAUCUCUCUUGGACAGCAAAUCCUACGAAACCCUUGUGGAUUUCGACAAUCACCUAGAUGACAUCCGGAAUGACUGGACAAACCCAGAGAUCAACAAAGCUGUCCUACACUUAUGUUAGGGAGGCUUCCACUGACUGAUUUAUGGCCAUUUCCACUAUGCUGAAGAUACUUCAAAAAAAAUAUUUUUGAAUGUAAAUAGAGUUAUCUUCAGUACAUUCUGGGGAACGCCAACAGCAGAUUAAAAAAGAGUGGCAUGUCACUUGGAAAAGGUAACGUGCCCAUAAGCAGUCAAAUCUUUUUAAUGAGAAUCCUUAGAAGAAAUACAAACUGUCAGUUAUAGGCAUCCUUGUGGAUUACGUCCCAAUUGUAGUGAUUGUUGCUAUAACCUUUAAAACCAGAACUACUACUGCUUGUCCAAAUUGUUCAUAUUAAAAAGUUUUGACUAACCUUUUAUAAUCUUUAGAGAGAGUAAUUUUUAAAGAUUUAUGAACUAUCUUUCAAAAAUGAAUCUCAUCCUUAGAUGAGAUGUUUAAACUCUUUAAGUCACAAAUGUGUAAACAAAAUCCAGUGGUAACUGGUCUUUUGACCUGGUUCUUAACUGGCAUUAUAUUGAUGCAGUAGAAUAAUGCUAACUGCUAAAGAUUAUACUCUGUGCACAUAUUGCAUUUGUUCUGCAGCAGUUUAGCAUAUCAUAGCUACAGAAUAACGUGUACUGAAAGCAAUAUUCCAAAUGCUGCAGAGAUUCCCAACCACGCUGGGACUACCAACCACAAUUGUUACCUAAGACCUAGUUACAACCAAGGUCAAAACAAAUCUUAACUUUAUGAUUUGUGAAAAGGACGUAGAGCACAUUAAUGGUUUUGAAUCAACUACAAGGCUCUGUAGGAGUUGAGAAAACAAAGACGAGAAGAGUAAAAUGCCAUCUUGAUUAUAUGCAAUCUUUCUAUCUGGAUUUUAAACAGAUACUCUUAAUUCUGAGCUGAUUCACACACUGUCAAUUCAAAUAGGGCUGAAAUGUACCUAUCUGUGAAUUAAAGGCAACUGAUCUGUCUUUAGCAUAUGGAUCAAAGGAAACACUCUAGUUAUUCUUAAAUCUAUCUGUUUAUCUAAUUAAUAUCUGUUUCUAACAAAAGUUUACCAGUUGAUGGGGAAGCUUUAUAGCAGAAUUUCUUUUGUCAUUUUUAUAUGUAUUAUUUUGUACCAGGUACACCAAAGGCAUUGUACCUUACCUUCUGUCUUUCUUUUAAUUAUGUUACUAUAGAACUUGUAACAACUUAACCUGGUGAACCUAAUGAACUUGAAAGGAUAAAUUUUAUAUCAUUCAACACUUUUUAACAGUAACAACAAAUGGAAGAAAAAUGCUUUAGCUGACCAACUGCUAUUGUAGCUUGUCCCCCACCACCUGAAAAUAAACUUGAUGACAUGGGGAAUGUCAA